UCCUCAUCAUCGCUCUCUCUCCAUCCUCGCCGUUCACGACUCUCUCCUAUCUCUUUCUCAUCUAGGCUUUGUUAUCUCCCACUUACCCCCCAGCUCUUCUCAGCACCGCCACGACCAGUCCGGACACGUCAACGACCUCAACCUCACGAACAGUCUCCUCUCCUCCUCCCCCCCAUCUCCGAGACCCAACCAUGUUCUCCGGACCAACUAAUCCCUACGACGAACUCGUCAAUAAGGCAACCGACGAGAACCUCGCAUCCGAAGACUGGGAUGUCAAUCUUCAAAUCUGCGACAAGGUCACCGCCGAGGGUGCGCCGGGCGCCCGAAACGCAGUCGCCGCACUUGUCAAGCGCCUCGCACACCGCAAUCCCAAUGUGCAGAUUUACGCACUCGAGCUCGCGAAUACACUCGCACAGAACUGCCAGCGGCCGCUGCACCAGGAGCUGGCCGGCAAGCAGUGGACGACUGCCUUGGAGCGGAUCCUGAACGACCGCGCCACUGUUAAGCCCGUCCAGACCAAGGUACUCAAGUAUGUGAAGGAGUGGACACAGCAGUUUGAGGGCACAGGCGACUCGCAGCUCGGUCUAAUGUCUGAGCUGUACGAUAAGCUCCGGGCGAAGAACUAUAACUUUGACGAGGUCGACGAGGCAGUGGUCAGCCCGGAGGAAGCGAGACGCCGCGCCGAGGAAGACGAGCUGGCCCGCGUGCUCGAGCUUUCCAAGCAGGACAAGGGCGGACGGGGCUCAACUGGGUACGCCAAUCAGGGAGGAUCGAGUGGAGCUGGUUCGUCGAGCGCCGGUCCCGCCGCCGCGGUCGCAUCUGCUGCUGUUGCUGUGGGCGCUGCAUCGCAUGCGUCUGGCCCGUCGCGCCCACCUGCAGCCCAACACAGCCAGUAUAACGGCCCCUCCGCACACGACUACGAAUUGAUGAAUCCCCCGCCCCAGGAGGCCCCGGCUUACCAGGCGCCAUCUAUCGGGUCCUAUGCCCAGCAGGGGUACCACGCCCCGGCCCCGGCCCCCCCUCCCGAUGCCCCGCUCGACAUCAACAAGGCAACGCGCGUACGUGCGCUGUACACCUUCCAGUCUGAGACCGUCGGGGAGCUGUCAUUUGAGCGCGGUGACAUGAUCAAGGUGCUCGACCGCAAUUUCCAGGAGUGGUGGCGUGGUGCGUGCAACGGCAAGAUCGGCAUCUUCCCCGUCAUAUACGUGGAGCCGCUGCCAGAGCCGACUGCCAGAGAGUUGCAGGAGGAGGCGCAGGAGGAGGCGCGCGUUUUCGCUUCGCUUGGCCUCGUGGACCAGCUGCUCCAGACGCUCAAAAGUAUCGACCCUUCCAGUGGCGACCGCCUCGACGACAAGCCCGAGAUCGAGGAAAUGUACCAGGCCAGCGUCGCGUUGCAGGGUCAAAUCAACGCGCUCAUCAAGAAGUACUCCGACCAGAAGGCUGAGCUCGAGCACAUGAACGCCAAUUUCCUGCGCGCGAUGCAGCAGUACGAAGAGCUCAAGGGAGGGGCCCACCCUCCGCCGCAGCCCUACCCACCCCAGCCAUAUGGCCCGCCGGCGCCGGAACCCCCGCAGAGCUUUAGUACCCCCCCUCAGCCGUAUGGGUACCAAUACCCGCAGGACUCGCCUGCCCCUGCUCCACACGGCCAGCAGUAUACACACGACGCACCUUCAGCGGCGCACUACCCGACUGAGUCGCCUGCCGCGAUGCCGCAGGCGCAGCCUGCGUACCCGCAGCCGCAGCCGCAUCAGCAGCCGGGUCAGCCGCCGCAGGGCAUGUACUACCAGAACCCACACAGCUCUACCAGUAUCAACCACCCGCCAGCUGGAUACGCGCCUGGGUCGCCGCAGCGGCAUGGAUCCACGGGCGCGCCUGCGGACCCGAACCAGGCCGCAUGGGACGCAUACUACCGCCAGCAAGGACAGGCGCCCCCGCAAGGCGCUCCUCCUCCCGGCGCGCCUUCUGGAGCCCCAGGUGCGGCACCAUACCAGCAGCAGCAGCAGCAGCAGCAGCAGCAGUACUAUGGGCAGCCACCUGUGGACGCUGUGACUGGGCAGAUGGGUCGGAUGAGCGUUGGCUAGAAUGUGAAUGAAUGUAUGUGACGGCGG